AUGAAAGCGCUGGGGCGUGGCCCCAUCACGCGGCUUGCCAACACCGCCGCCCCCGGUUCCUCGGCAGCUCUAGGUUCGGUCUAUAGCCGCGAUGACUGGAACACAGGACGUGACUUGAAUUCCGAAGAGAGACGGUGCGGGAUACUCACACGCUUAUGCACGCUUUCCCCUCACUCUUCGCGAGAAGGGGCAUUGACGGCGUGCGAAGUGGCGCCGCUGGAGGCUGUGAUACGCGCUCAGUGCACGGACUCACAGGUGACAGAGGUAGACGCAGAGGGGCGUGGCGCCUUUCUCGAGAAGGCACCCAAAGGGCGUUGGCGCAAGAUCUCCCGCUCAAAGACUCUGCUGGUGGAGGACACAGCCACUCCAUUCAGCGACCCAGAUAAGAGUUUCGCCCCGCGUGUGCAGAGCUACGGCGAGUACGUGCGGAGGAUCGGGAGGCUGCCGGAAGGGCGGCCGCUGCUCCGCUUCGCAAUGUUUCGCGAUGGCUAUUCACUCGACUCAGUACGCCACCGUCUGCGGUACGAAUUGGGGGUACCACACGAUGGGGUAUACCUUCACGAGCCGCCGGGCGGCUCUUUCGCCACCGUCACCCAGUUUGGCGUUGCGGUAGGAGUGACGCGCGAGCAGCUGCCCCACGCGUCGAGGCACUACAACGUCCAUCCCCUGAUCUUUGACGACCGCAGCUACCACACUGUGGACGAGCUGCCGCGUCUCUCUCUCGCGCCGCAGGCCUACCUGCACCGCCUCCUUCUUCGAUGUGUCCCUGGAGACGAAGCCGCCAUCUCUCGGCGCCUACGACUCCUCAGUUUGUACGGUUUUGUCAACUACUUUGGUUUGGAGAUGUUUGGGAUCGGCAGCAACACCCUCUUCGACCUGGCAGCCUUCGUCCAUCGCAACGAGCCCCAUCGAUCAGUCGGCGCGUAUCUUCAAACUCUCGCCGAGAGCAGCCCCCUGCACCAUCAGCCAUACCUCUCCUACGCGAAUGCGGAAGAGGGCACCGUAGCUGGGGCAGUGGCGGAGUGGCUGCGCGUGUGUGAACGUGCCAAGUUGCCGAAGGAGAUGCGCGAGCUUCUCCGAAGACUACAGUGCUACCAUGUUUCGCAGAGUCACCGGGGCGACGCCAUCGCCACUUCGAUGCAGGAUGUAUGGGAGGCAUGCCCCAUGAUGCGUCGCAGCGAGCAGAGCGCCGCCGCAUUUGUAUGGAACGCCAUGGCGUCGCAGCGACUCUUGACGUUCGGCAGCCGGCCAGUGAAAGGGGACUUGGUGCGUCGCCGUAGCGACAGCGGUGCGGUGGGGGUUGCAGAAAUCACGAGCGACGCGGAUGCUUCACACUACACCAUCGAGGACGUUGUGCUGCCUAUUCCACGUGAAAGCAGCGAUGGCGCGCCGCUGCACUACCCGACUCACAGCGUCAAUGAGGCAUUGUUCGCACAGUUUGCAGAGAAGCACAACCUCUCUUUUCUCGUCAACUCCAGAGUACACUCGACAUCGAGUGCACCAGACCCUCACACGUCGUACCGCCAUCUGGUGUGUAGGCCACGCAACCUGCAGGCCGCAGUGCUAACAGAUCCUUCAUCCUGUGCCGUGUUAAAGAGCGAGCUUUUUCUGAUGCAGGAGCAUCAAGCGACGGAAAGCUGGUCGCUCGACUAUAAACGGCGUGUGCGAGAGCCGUCCCCCUUCAAUACCUCAGAGCGUUUUCGCGAGCGCAUCAGUCGGAUUCAAGAGCGCCGCGCCGGUGACCACUCUGUAGCACUCGCUAUGGUGCUUCCUGGGGGAUCGUCGCCGUGGGUAGCGCUGCGCGAAGCGUUUCAUCUGCACUACGGCACAUUUCAUGACUUGUAUGGGGUGAGCUAA